CGCUGGGCAGCCCUGGGAGGCGCGGCGGGCUCGCGGCUCUUCGCUGUGAGCACCGCCACCCCGUGCUGUGCGGCCAGCUUGGCAGCCACGCCAUGGCCUCAGUGAGUGUUGAGGACGUGGCUGUGCACUUCACCCAGGAAGAGUGGGCUUUGCUGAAUCCUUCCCAGAAGAGUCUGUACAGAGAUGUGAUGCUGGAGACCUGCAGGAACCUCGCUGCCAUAGGAUACAAAUGGAAAGACCAGAACAUUGACGACCAUCAUAAAAAUCCUGGGAGAACUCUAAGAUGGCUACAGAAUUUGAAGAAUUCUGUUGUUCUUCGGUGGUGACCAUGACAAGAAGUCUUUAAAGGAAUUUUGAUGUGCUACAAAAAUUUGCAAAUAAGCAAACUAAACAAAUAGACACAAUGUGAAUUUUUUUCAUUUUAAUAUUUUUAUCAAAACUACAGUUUAUAGGUACUAAAAUGUUAGUGUGCUGACUAGUGUUAAUUUCACUUGGAAACAUUACAGGAACUUGAACUAAUGGGUACCACUGUUUUGACCAAAGCUCUGUGAGAAUUGGUGUGUACAACAUCGAUCUGUUUAGUCUCUGUGGCCACUCAUAUCUGGCAAAAGGCAUAACCCUUGUCUGAUCUGUAGAACUAUGUAUAACCCAGACCUGAUAAGCAGCCAGUAAAACAACUCUUGCUAAAUUGUCUUUUGUUGGUGUAGCUUGUGUUUUCUUUACAGAAGUUACAUGUUACAGACAUUCUGUGAGAAUGAAGGUGGUGACCAAGAUAGAGAAGAAUUGACUUGGAAACUGAAUCUCAGUAUGAGCAUGAAAAGUUCCCCUGGACUAAUACCAUGUGAAAACAGCGUGUGGGGAAAGACAGCCUGGAAUCAUUCACCCGCUAGUAGACAUGCCACAUCUCACACUCAGUAUAAUCCACAUGAGCGUGAGAGAUAUAUGACCAAGCAAUGUAACUCCGACUCUCUAAUAAACUUCCAAAGGUGUAUGAGAACUCACACUGUGGAUGGGCCGUGUGAGUGUGAGAUAUGUUUAAAAUAUUUUGGUUUUCCAAAUACACAGGAUCAGGAAACUGAUAGUGGAAAAAAUCCAUGUCAAUACAAGGAAUAUGGAAAGACCUCUGUUAAUAUUAGUUCAUCAUGUACACAUGGAGGAACUCAUGCUGUAGGGAAAUGUUAUGAGUGUCAUCGAUGUGGUAAAGCUCUGAGCUCUUACAGUUCACUUAGAAGACAUGAAAGAAUUCAUACUGAGAAGAAACCCUAUAAAUGCAAACAGUGUGGGAAAGCCUUUAGAUACCACAGUUACCUUCACUUACAUGAAAGAAUUCACACUGGUGAGAGACCCUAUGAAUGUAAACAGUGUGGGAAAGCUUUUAUAUUUCCUGGUGCCUUGCAGGUACAUGAAAAAAUUCAUACUGGAGAAAAACAUCAUGAAUGUAAACAAUGUGGUAAAGCCUUUAGACGUCAUAGUGAUCUUCAAGUACAUGAAAAAAUUCAUACUGGAGAAAAACCUUAUGUAUGCAAACAAUGUGGUAGAGCUUUCAGACUUAACAGUCAUCGGCAGAGACAUGAACAAACUCAUACUGAAGACCGACCCUUUAUAUGCAAGCAGUGUGGCCGAUCUUUUGAACAUUACAAUAAUCUUGAGUUACAUGAAAAAAUUCAUACAGGAGACAGACCCUUUGUAUGUAUAGAAUGUGGCAAAGCUUUUGGAUGUUACAGUAAUCUACAAUUACAUGAAAAAAUUCAUACUGGAGAUAGACCCUUUGUAUGUAAAGAAUGUGGUAAAGCCUUUAUAUGCCAUGGCCAUCUUCAGAGGCAUGAAACAACCCAUACUGGAGAAAAACCCUAUGGAUGUAAACAGUGUGGGAAAGCCUUCAGUCGUAACAGUCAUCUUCAGAGACAUCAAAGAACUCACAAGCAGAUGUCUACAUGCCCCAGAAAGUAA